AUGGACAACGGUUGUUUUGUGAAACUCAAAAAGAAGAACUGUGAGUCACCGUCUGAAAACGACAGCAGUUUUCCUGCUCAGAUUUUCUCUGCCAACAGAUAUAAAGCUCUUGACUAUGUCUUUGAGACCACCACCAGUCUGAAAGUAAGGAUGAGCUUGCUGGCACUGCCAACACCGUACUUCACUGGUACCAGUGACCUGUACCCCCACAAUGGCAAGCUGCCUGAGGUCACCUACAGGGCACCGUGGAUCAGAGGAAAGGUGAUCUCCACCUGCAAACUAUUUGUCAGUGGUUCUGUGCUCGAUGAUCUGCGAGAAAAAAAGAAACCGGUUAAUUCACCAGAAAGAUUUAAUAUGACUCUGAGUGAGGUGAAAGGGGAUGUAGAGGUGAUACCAAGCUCUAAUCCUGACUCACUGAAGGAUCUAGACCAGGAUGAGUAUUUUUGCCUUUUAAAAGAGUCACAGAUCAAUGAGCCAUGUCAGGAAUCCUUUUUCAAGUUGACAACUGACCAGAUGAAACCUGGAAAUAAGAACAAAGAUCUCCUCCUGCCUGAAGAGCUUGUGGUUGUUGACUACCUGCCACAAUUUAAGAGACAUUUACCCACGCUGAAAGCCAAACUGUCCAGGCUGAAGACCCUUCCUGUGGCCGACCCUCUGCUGAGCUCAACAGGAGAUACCGCUGUGGACGCCAUGUUCAGGCACUGUGCCUCUUACAAAAAACCUCCUGAUGUGGAAGCCAGUGACAUUCAUAUGUGUGCAAACAUUCAUGAGGAGUUUGGUAAAGAGUCACUGAUGAAGGAAGAGUCAUUGCUGUUGCCGGCUUUAGUGGACACAAUGAAUUUGAGCCAAGAUAACCGGACUGAUUUUCCAAGCAUUUGUGGUUGUGUAAAUGUUGCUCCUGAACAGCUGGAUGAGCAACCUCCAGUCCUGGAUUUGCUUCAUAAUGAUGUACCAGUGUCAGUGGACAUUUUCCAGUAUGAAGCACUAGAGGACACCAGCAAGACAAAUGGAGGCCUGAUAGAGUCAGAGCUGGCAGGACGUGUGAAGCUUCCGACCGAAAUGGAACUGGAUGUGACGUUGAUGUCGAAUCCCAAAACCAGUGAAACCCAAAUCUGUCUGUCCACGUGUAAACUCCAGAAGGAAGAGUUGUCACUGCUCAGCAGACGGUCUUUGGUGUCAGCAAGAGCUCAGAAGGAGAUGGAGGUGGCCCUUUGGAAGGCAGAGAAGCAUCCAACCUUUGUGGUGGGCUUUCUGUUAGCAGAGCCUCAAAUGUGUGAAACAGCUGGUAGCUUCCAGCCGAUGUCUGAAGCCUUGAAAGUCAUAAAGUUGGAGAAACAAAGCUUUGUUAGUGUUGGUGACAAACUUCAGUCUCACAUGGGAACAGGAGCCCUGCAGGUGUCUUUGUGCAGCAACCGCGAGUUCACAGAGAGCAUGAAGUCGGAGUUUCCUUCCACCAAGCAGGAAAAGACAGAAGACUUCAAAAAACUGUCACCUGAACAUGUUGAGUUCACAGUCAGAUCCAUCCUGAUGAAUCCUACAAACAAAACUCAGUCACCUGACCUGAAGAAAUCUAAAGCUAUUGCUUUGCAUGCUGAAGCUACUGAAGAUGACGGUCUUCUUCAAAGAGAAACAGUUGUUGAUGUGAAUACCUUCCUGAUGCACACUGUCAGUACAAACAAUAAGGAAGUAAAACCUGCUGCUACCAUUAAAGAGGAAUAUCCAGACAAGAGCAGGACAGAAGUUGCAGCCACAUUUUCUGUUUGUAAGGACGACAUCAACACAGGUAGAGACGAGUGUAAGACAGAGCAGAGUACCCACACUCCUGAGCAGGCUGCGUCCUCCAGACUGAAUAUUAGAGACAAUCACAGCAGUCUGCUGAAUACGAGACGUCCACCAGAGAAGGACCUGGACCCUCUGUCCACCUUCAUUAUACUGAGAUCUCAGCAGAGAGCUCCAGCUACUGGAACACCUCAGAGCUCAGCCAGCACUCAGCCAGACAGCCAGCAGCGUGCCUACUGUGAGCUGCUGGCCUUCGCUCAGCCUUGUUUGAGCUCUGUCCGACAGCUGGGGCUCAACUUCCCAGUGUGGGGAGACUUCAGCUGCCUGACCCCAGACCAAACACACUUCCUCCUCAAGCAGCAGGAGAAGGCGCUCUGCAGGACACAUGCACAGAGCACAGGGCUGGUCAAAGAUCAGGAACGGCUUUUCAACCAGGCGGCUCUGAUUCAUAUGCUGGUGACAUUCAAGGAGCUGCUUCUGAAGUGUGGCCUCGGUACUGCAUUAGAGUACCUGACCAAGGCAUCUGAGGCGUGUGCAGAGCAGAGUCUAAGGCAGCUAGUGAAGAGGCUGCAGAUCAUCCUGUACCUCAGGGACAAGAACCAGGAGUCCAACCUCAAACUGCUGGAGCUGCAGCAGCUGCUGGCUGCAUGGCUGCGCAGCAGAAAAGGACAGAACACAAUGGAGAAAAUUCUUGUCAUAAUAUCAGCUGAUUCUGAUGACAGCAAAUCCAUAAUCAUAAACAGCUUGAGCCAAGUGACUGGUGAUGCUGUAACUGCAGUUUGUCCAGAUGAGGACAAGAUAAAAUUGAAUGGUGCCAGUGUGGUCAGCAGCGUGUGCGGCAGUGUGUGUGUGGUGGUAUGUGAGCAGCAUAUGGGCCCAGACUUCCCCUGGGACUGUUUCUCUUUGGUGGUGGAGUACGACCAUCCAGGCCAGUCACCAUGGGCCACAGUCUGCAGAGAGAGGAGCAUUGGUCACGUCACCCUUAACACGAUCAUCUCCAACACUGAGAAGGAAAAUGCUUCAUGGGACCUGGAGGACAAUGUGCCUUAUGUUCUUGUUACCGAGGGGCUUCUCAACUGUCCACUGCUGCUCCAGACACUCGAGUCAGGGUUUAAUAUAACUGUGUUAGAGAGGAGCCACUGUCCAUCCUUGCAGAUGCUCGGAGGCACCCAUCACUACGGUGUGAUCACAGUGGAUGAAAGCAUCGCUGUCAUCAUUCAGGAGGAGGAUGAACUGUGUCAGGAGCGAGCCAGUGAGAGAGUAGUGAUGAGGCUGACCGCUCUCUCUCUGCAGUACAAUUGCUGUUGGCUCAUCCUGCACUGCCCAGAGAGCCAGGGAGGAGGUUUUUCCAGUGAAGCUUUCAGAAACUUGGUGUUGGUGUAUUCGUCUCUUGUGCUGUUCGGCAUGAAGUCAGAGGAUCUAGAUGUCAAGGUGCUGAUUGUGUCUGAGGUGAUGGAAAUAGCCAAAUGGAUCAGUCAGAUCUGCUUCCACAGCCUGAUGGUCACUGACAGGGACCCUCCCCACUACCUGGACAGAGACUGGCUGACCGUGAUUCCCUCAGAGAAUGAAAAGUGUCUAUUGCAGUUCCCAUGCAUCAACCCUCUGGUUAGUCAGCUAAUGCUGAGGAGAGCACCAUCCCUCCAGUGGCUCAUGGGGGCCUCCCUGUCUCAGCUGAAGGAGCUGCUCCCUGAGGUGCCACAGAAAGUACUCAAGCUGUUCAGUGACACCACCUCCCUGUACACGCUGACCCCAGACCCAAACCAGCCAGAGUCUCAGACAAACCAAAAAAACAACCCGCCAAACAGCCCCUGGACCACCACUGCCGACCCCAAGGACAUGAACCCUGACCCACAACCAGGACGCCCCAUCGACCCCCACCCAGAACUAUUCUGUAGUGACCACAAGUCCAGCUUCCUGUUUGGAGCAGAUCACAGCUUCUGUGAACCAGACUCGAUGGUGCAGGAUGGCAAUACGGAUUUCAGAAUCAACCUGAGUUUUUCCUCUGGCAGCCCAGAUGUUCACCUCCAGAGGAGCUGGACCAGCAGUGAUCCAUGGAAAGAGGAGGAUAGAGGCAGAGGGGAGUUUUCUGACUGGAGAGGCAGGGCUGGAGCAUUGGGGGGUGUUGUUGAAAGAGUGAAACAUGAGUGGACACAGAGGGCUCCAACAAAGCUGGACAGUCCUUUCAAGCUGGACUCCACGUUCAGUUACAGCCCCAUCGUGCAGCAGCCAGCCAACAGUCAAACGUCCACGUACUCCGCAGCUCACAGUGACCCCCAGCGUCCACAUCACAACCACAUUUCCUACAGCCUGAGCCCUCCUACAGGGGUCAUGCUGUGGGGUCUAGGACAAAGCAGCAACGACUGCUUCACCAGCACUGCAGAGACGGCGACAGUUUCACCUAACUAUGGGUCCAAAUGCUGGAUCGGACAAGAGAGGAAGAGGAACGGCGAGGCUGCAGGUUUGGUUGGAACAGUGUUGACACCACUGAAGAAGGGAAGGUUAAGCUAUGAGAAGGUGCCCGGCAGAAGUGAUGGACAGACGAGGCUUAAAUUAUUUUAGGCAUUUCCUGUGAGCUGUUUGUAAAGACUAGAGCGAGAUCUAUCCUUAAAGCGUUGUUACAUUCAAGUUAUUAAUUGUAUAAUUCAAGUUUAGCUUCAGAGUUUUUAUUCAGAUGAAAUAACUUGUUAAGUUUUCCUGGUUUGAGUGCAAGAAGGUUUCCAUUGCAAGUUAAGUUUCCUGUUUUGGAAACAAAAAUUCUACAUUUUGUAUGUUUAUUCUAUAUUUAACAAGCAACAGUGCUUUAGUCUAUUUGAUUUUUAAACAACUUAAAUUGCA